AUGGCGUCUUCGAGUGACGCCUCUGGCGCGUCGCCCUGGGAGAGCGAUGUGCCUCUGCUGGUUGCCAGGAAUACGCUCAUGUCUGGUGCUCUUGGAGCACUCACUGGGUCUAUCAUGGGUGUCCUUCAAGCACCCGCUGUGGAGCCUGCUUUUUUGGCUAUCCGAAUGUCCAAAAUCUGGUUCGCCUUUGGUUUUGGAUUUUUUGCAACUCGUGAAUAUGUGAUGCGUCCAUGGACCUCAAAAGUAUGGCCCAUGCUGGAUCAUCAGCGCCAUUUCCAUGACAUGGCUCCCACUCUCUUUAGCGGCGGUGUCAUGGGCGGGAUCACUGCCGCCGUUUUGAAGCGGCCUAUUGUACCAGGCAUGUUCACUAUAUCUGGGUUUUGUGUUAUUGCACAACUCAUUGCGAAUGAAGCUUCGCUGCUGUGGACCUCGAAAGAGGAGGCCUCUCUCCCUUCGACAGAGGUGGUUCAGCCAACACCUGUCUCCCCCGAUGUUGCGUCUAAUGAAGUGUCGGGCCGAGACCAGACUAAACCCUCGCUGUGGCAGCGAACAAAGGACUUUGUAUCAAAGAACAGUCCUAUCCAGCCUAUCUCCGAUAUGGAGUACAAGCAACGCUUGCUGAGGCGCAAGGCAGAGAUCGAGGCAGAGCUGAAACUUUUGGAAGAAGACAUGCAAGUACGAAGAAAAAUGCUCACGGAUCUCAAUGAGUAG